AUGCAAGCUCUAAAUAAGAACACAACAAACUUUUCAAACUAUUCUAAGAUAUCUGAGUCAUUGAAAGGGGGUGACUUAAAACUGACAAUCAACCCAAUGACAGAUGAGUUUUUAUUUCAAGACAAUAAGAACAAUACUGUCUGUAUAAAUCCAACAAAAGGAACUUUAAACGAGAAACCUAUAAAUGAACUUCUUUUGAAAGCAGAUGUUGACAACAAAGCUGACAAAGAAUAUGUAGACGAUGCAAUAGCAAAAGAAGAAGAAAGAGCUAACAAUGCUUAUGCAACAAAAGAACAUACUCAUCCUGAACUAGCAGACAAAACAUAUGUUGACAAUAAAAUGUCAAGUGAAGUGACAAGAGCUGAAAACGAAUAUUCUAAAAAGACUCAUAUACAUUAUAUUAACCAAAUACCAAGUCUUAAGGAAACAUUAGAGACAAAAGCAGAUAAGACUCAUACACAUUCUAUAUCUGAUAUUACAAACUUACAAGAAACCUUAAACAGGAAAAGUGCCGUUGGACAUACACAUUCUAUAUCUGAUAUUACAAACUUACAAGAAACCUUAAACAGGAAAGUGCCGUUGGACAUACACAUUCUAUAUCUGAUAUUACAAACUUACAAGAAACCUUAA